UUUAGUUAAAUUUUGUCCGGGACUGUAUUUACACCAUUAUUCCAUCAUCUAUUAUGGGACGAAGGCAAGCACGAUUCGGCCUCGUUCUCUGGCUCUUGUUGAUGUUGUGCGUAGUGGCGCAGAUCGCCGGGGCUGACAGCAUAAAUAAUUCCACAUUGGGAGGGCUGCUUUGGACAAGUACAAAAGUGGAAGCCAAUCCGCGGAAAUCGGAAUUGGAAGAAUCGGUGGUGGGAAAUGAAAACAAUGACAACAACGAUGACGAGAUUGAGUUCAGCGGCGGUUUCUCUUCGCUCGAUGGCAUGUUGCAGUGGGCCAUAGGCCAUUCUGAUACUGCCAAAUUGAAGGAAACAGCACAAGAUGUUCAAAGCCUAUCUGCUAAUGAGUUAAAGAAGCAUCAAUUGGAAAUAAAGGAACUGAUGGAGGAAAUGAAGAUGCCAUCUGAUGCAGAAUUGAUGCAAAUAGCAGUAGCAGAUUUGAAUAAUUCUUCUCUUUCGUUGGAAGAUCGUCAACGUGCAUUGCAGGAGCUUCUUAUUCUUGUCGAGCCAAUAGAUAAUGCAAAUGAUCUGAACAAACUUGGGGGCCUGGCAGUGGUGAUUCUUGAGCUUGAUAACUCUAAUCCAGAGAUACGGAGCACUUCUGCAUGGAUUAUUGGAAAAGCCAGUCAAAACAACCCAGUUGUCCAGAAGCAGAUUAUAGAGCUUGGUGCACUGAAGAAGCUAAUGGAGAUGUUGAAAUCUAGUUCUGCGGAAGAGGCAGCAAAAGUCUUAUAUGCUGUGUCAGCAUUAAUCAGGGGAAAUUUAGAUGGGCAAGAACUGUUCUAUGCAGAAGGUGGAGAUUUGAUUCUACAGGACAUGAUGAGAAACUCCAGCAUUGAUAUCAGGCUUCGUAGGAAAUCUGUUUCUCUUUUAGCAGAUUUGGCCGAAUUUCAGUUAGUGAAAGCGAAUAAACAAGAGUUUCCUUUCUUCUCCAAUCCUUUCUUCUUGAAAACUGUGGUUAAUUUGAUGAGCUCGACGGACCUCGAUCUGCAGGAAAAGGCCUUGAUGGCAAUUAAGAGUAUCCUACAGCUCAGAACAACUGAAACUCUAGUUCACGAAGACUUCUGUGGUCUGGAUGAAGUGCUUGAGAGGAUGCAGAAGAAUUUUCAGCAAUCAAUAUCAGAGGAAUGUCAGAAUGAUUUUGUGAGGGACCUGGAAAGCCUCCGUGGAGAAGUCGAGAUAAUUUUCCAUAGCAAGCUUGAAAAAGGUACAUUUAGAGGUUACUUGGGCUUUGAUUUUUCAAUUUGGGGCCUGCUACUAGGUUUAUGGAAAACACUUUGGUCAUUGAACUUGUCGCAGGUAACGUGGGUACCAAAUGCCAUGAACACUAGCAGCUAUUGAUGGAUGCAAGUCAUAUUGUACUUCAGUUAUUGCACUUUCUUUGAUCUCGUGGGCCAGUGAACUUGAUUUCCCUGUUAAACUUCUAACCUGUUAAGGUAUUUAUCUUGAGAAAACAACAGUUAGAUCAUCAUUCUGGAGUCUGGAAUUUUCAAUCUACGGUAAAACAGCUACAAUUGGAAGUCUAUUGUAUGAUCAUUU